AUGGGAGAAGCGACGGAGCAAGCACGUGACUUCCACGUGACCACCACGAAGAAGCAAGUCAUCACGGCGGCUCUCCCCCUCCAAGACCACUGGCUCCCUCUCUCAAACCUCGACCUCCUCCUCCCUCCGGUCCACGUCAGCGUUUGCUUCUGCUACAAGAAACCACUUAACCUCACUAACUCAGUGGCUAAUGAAACCCUAAAGACAGCUUUAGCAGAGACUCUCGUCUCCUACUACGCAUUUUCCGGCGAGAUUGUCACCAAUCCCACCGGAGAACCCGAGAUUCUCUGCAACAACCGUGGCGUAGAUUUCGUGGAAGCCGGUGCUGACGUGGAGCUUCGAGACCUUAACCUCUAUGAUCCUGAUGAAAGUGUUGCCAAGCUUGUUCCCAUCAAGAAACAUGGAAUCAUAGCGAUUCAGGCGACUCAACUGAAAUGUGGAAGCAUAGUGGUGGGAUGCACAUUUGAUCACCGUAUAGCUGAUGCGUAUUCCAUGAACAUGUUUCUUGUUUCGUGGGCCGAGAUCGCUCGAUCCGAUGUACCAAUCUCUUGUGUACCAUCGUUUCGAAGAUCUCUACUAAACCCUCGACGACCUUUGAUCAUGGAUUCAUCUAUAGACAAUAUGUAUGUGCCUGUAACAUCCUUGCCCCCUCCGCAAGAAACCACUAAUCCAGACAAUAUCCUCGCAAGCCGUAUCUAUUACAUCAAAGCUGAUGCAUUAGAAGAGCUCCAAACACUAGCCAGCAGCUCGAAGAUUAAGGUUAAAAGGACCAAACUUGAAGCUUUCAGCGCGUUACUAUGGAAACUCGUGGCGAAACACGCAGCAAAAGAUCCAUUCUCGAGCAAGAACUCGAAACUCGGGAUCGUCGUGGACGGGAGGAAGAGACUCAUGGAGCAAAAGAACAACACUUACUUCGGAAACGUCCUCUCGAUCCCAUUUGGUGGGCAGAGAAUCAAUGACUUGAUCAACAAGCCACUAUCUUGGGUGACAACAGAAGUUCAUGGAUUCUUGGAGAGUUCAGUGACCAAAGAACAUUUCUUGAAUUUGAUCGAUUGGGUUGAGACUCGCCGUCCAACACCUGCGGUUUCAAGAAUCUACAGCACCGGAUCCGACGACGGACCAGCCUUUGUGGUUUCCUCCGGGAGAAGUUUUCCGGUGACCCGAGUGGAUUUCGGGUGGGGCUCGCCGGUUUUCGGAUCUUACCAUUUCCCAUGGGGAGGUAGCGCCGGAUAUGUGAUGCCGAUGCCGAGCUCGGUGGACGAUGGAGACUGGAUGGUUUACUUGCACCUUACGAGAGGACAGUUGAAGUUUAUUGAGGAAGAGGCUUCUCAUGUGCUUAAACCUAUUGACAAUGAUUAUCUCAAGAUUUGA